GGACAACUUGCAACAACAUUAUGUGAGCUUCCACUUAAAGUCACCUGAGCUGCUCCUCACCUCUUUUCCUUUUCGCCUCUUUUUCCUUCGCAGCUCUUCAAUCUUUUUACUCAUACUUCAGCCAUGGUACGCACUACAGCACUGCUCGCGGCUACGGCCGCCCUGGCCCUCCAUGCUCAGGCUGAGGGCAUAUACGGCAAAACGUCAGGCGUUCUCCAGAUCACUGGCAUGGACUAUGAUAGAGUAAUUGCAAAGUCCAAUUACACCUCAAUCGUUGAAUUCUAUGCACCAUGGUGCGGCCACUGCAAGAACCUCAAGCCCGCCUACGAGACGGCCGCCAAAUCCCUCGCUGGUAUCGCCAAAGUCGCCGCCGUCAAUUGUGACGAAGAGAUAAAUAAGCCCUUCUGCGGACAGAUGGGCGUACAGGGCUUCCCUACGCUCAAGAUAGUCCGACCGAGCAAGAAGCCAGGAAAGCCCAAGGUCGAAGACUACCAGGGUGCGCGCUCUGCGAAGGGCAUCGUCGACGCUGUCAAGGACAAGGUCCCGAACAUCGUGAAGAGGCUGAACGACAAGAGUUUGGCUGGGUGGUUGCAGGAGAACAAGGACAGCGCGAAGGCGAUUCUCUUUAGCGACAAGGGCGUAGUUAGCGCUACUAUCAGGGCACUAGCAAUUGACUUCGCCGGCCUGGUCUCUGUCGCACAGGUCAAGAAGUCGGAAAAGGCCGCAGUCGAGAAAUAUGGCAUCACAGAGUUCCCAAGCUUGAUUCUUAUCCCUGCUGGGUCAGACGACUCUAUCAAGCAUGAAGGCAAGGUGGAUAAGGCAGCCAUGGUUGACUUCCUCUCCCAAGUCGCUCCACCAAACCCGGACUGCCCAGCGCCGAAGGAGAAAAGGUCAAAGGCCAAAAGGGAUGACAAGAAGGUGUCCAAGUCCUCCAGUAAGUUUGCCAAGGCUUCCGCGUCCCACAAAUCUGCAGACGCAUCGUCCGCCGCUGCCACAGCUACCGACGAAACGGUCGAAGAACCCAUCGUUCCCACUAAGUCGCCCAGCCCAAACGUCAAGGACGAGGAUACUCCUAAACCAAUCGUCAUCCCCGCGGAAGAUAUCAAGCCCACGAUCCCCCUCAUUGCCGAAUCUGCUGAGCUUCAGUCAUUAUGUCUGAAUGAGAAGAGCAAAACGUGCAUCCUUGCUAUCUUGCCCAAGGAUGAGUCGUCCGAGGCUGCCAAGACAGCUGUUGCCUCUCUCGCCUCGAUCCACAAAAAAUACGAUGCUGCAGGUGCCCGUCUCUUCCCCUUUGUUGGUGUUACUGCAUCGAACCCUGUCGCUGCUUCCCUGCUCACUACGCUGGGCCUUGGAAGUGAUGAACAAGUUCACCUUAUUGCUACUCACGGCAAGCGUGCAUGGUACAAAAAAUACCCUAGUACCGCCUUUAGCGCCGAGGAAAUCGAGAAAUGGGUUGACUCGAUCCGUAUGGAUGAAGGCAAGAAGGAAAAGCUGCCAAAUUCAAUUUUGGUAGCGGGUGAGAAGCCAGAUGCGACAGCGGAGAAGGUUGCAGAGCCGGAGCCUGUCAAGAUUGAAGUUGAGGAGGUUCCUGAUGAGCCAGAAACGCAGCCUGAGCACAAUGAGCUCUAAGCUUAUGAAAACAUUGAUUGUGUCUUAGUGUGCUUGUCCUGAGCGAAGUGUUUGCUCAAUACGAAUGAAUCUCUGAACCCACCCCCUUGUUAAUUCUUCUUCUGUUCUGAUCCAAUAUGUUACAGUGCAGUGUGUUUACAGCAACUGCAUCUUUUGAAGUUUUUAGACACUCUUCGAAUCCGAACCAGCUGGCGUCCACUCGCUACGCCCGAUACGAGGCUGACCAACCAUGUGUGAGACUUGGAGAUCUAUACCGGCUGUUUUAGAUACCCAUAUCAUAGGAUUAAUUGUUCGCUCUCACACAGCGGGGUCAAGCAGUAUACAUAUGAUAUACUCAUACUCAAGUGCGGAAUGACGGGCAGGGUUUGGUUUUGUUCCCUAUUACCACGAAAGUGGGGUGCCUUUAACCCGCAUAAUUACAAAGGGCUACCCUUGGUUACACCUGUAUGCCUGUCCCAAAGUAUAAGGCCACGACCUACAGCACGACCAGAUAUUC